AUGAAUGACUUUAUAUAAAUCAUAUAAAAUGAAGUAAAGUCUGCUACAGAUUAAAUAGAAAUGGAGUCAUUCAUAAGGAAAUUUAUUUAUAAUUAUUAUCAAACAGAUUAAUUGGCUGAUUAAUUAGCAAAGGAUUGCGAAUAUGAAAAAAUCAAUUAGGAUGAGUAAAUCACUUUAUAUGAAGGAAUAUAUUUUAUAGUUGAUGGUUAAUAUCAAUUGCCUAAAAGAUUUAUGAAAUUACCAAACUUCUUAGUUAUUCCUAUACAUGAAAAAGCUAUUAUUUUUGCUCUCUCUGAUGUUCAUCUUUUAUCAAUAAAAACAAAUUUUAGUUAAUAUCUAAGUCAACUGAAAGGGUUGAGAACUGAUAUAAUUAUAGAGUUUUUAAGGAAAACUCUCUUUCCCAAUUUUCCUCGAAAUAGUGUUGCAAGAAUUUCAAAAUAUUUUUGUUUAAUUUCUCUUCCUUUUAAACAUGUUAUUUAUAAGGAAAAUGAAGAAAGUAGAUUUGUAUAUUUGAUUAGGGAAGGUGAAAUAAAAGUAAUUAGUAAAAAUUAUAUCAAAUAGUUAUAAGGAGGGAAAAAAUAGAUAAAAUUAUUGGUAGAAAAUUAAAUAUUCGGAGAAUAUGAAGUAUUUUUUAAUAGAGUUAGAUCUACAAAAGCAGUGAGCAAUUCUUCUGUCUCUCUAUUAACAAUUAAAGCAGAAAUAGUAAAUAUUCAUUUAAUAUACAGAGUUUUUAACUUUAUUAAAAGAAUAUCCCAUUUUAAAAUAACGUUUACUAUGUUAAAGUGUUUUGAGGUAUGAAUUUAUGUAUUAUCAACCAAAAUCAAUUGAAAACAAUUAGGAAAGUAUUAAAAAUAAUAGUUUGUUAAGAAGAUAGAAAAAAACAUUAAGGAGUUUAUCUCCAUAAUAAGAUUGUAUUUAGAUGUUUGAGAUGUCAUAAUAAAUUUAAAAAGAAAGAGUAAGAACUGGAUAUAAAGUCAUGCCUUUAUUUUUUAAUUAUAGAGUUUCCUUAGUAGAAAAAUGUGCGACCACUGUUUAAUCUCCUUAAUCUUCAACAGUAUCAAUUUAUUGAUUCUUAUAGAGAAGAAAAUUAGAAACUACUAAUAGUGAAGUAUAAUUUAAAUCUUAAAGUCCAAUUACUAACUAAAAAGUCUCCAAAAUAAUCUCAAGUAAACAUAAUAUGUUUAGACAACAACCAACUCGAGAAUUCUUAUUAUAAAAUUUUGUGAAUUAAUCUAAACCAUAAUUAUGA